UUGCCGGGAAAAUGGCUGAAUUCAACGUGAAAUUUGUUGGGCAGAAAUUAAGUAAAAUUCGAUGGCGACCUACGCAAUCACAGUCCAUUAUACAAUCUGAUGUAUUUGCCACGGGGAGCUGGGACGAUGAGGACAACAAGAUCCGCUUGUGGAGUUUGGAGCAACUCAGUCGUGAUGACAGGGAGGGUCCUGGCAGUGUGCUGGACAGUGAGCCACAUGAGUUGUGUAGCGUCACACAGAGGGGUGACGUCACAGAUCUUAGUUUUAUAACAAAUGACCACAUAGCAGCAGCUUCAUCAACUGGAAAUGUAUCAGUAUAUCGCCACCAUCUCAACUCACAGACCCUGAGUGUGGCCCACAGCUGGGAUGAUGUCCAUCAUCUGGCAGCAGGGUCUUGUUCCUGCACAUGUCUAACAACUAAGGGAGACGAUGUAGUUGUGUCAGGUGGAGAGGACGGAAGGAUUAUCGUUCUUAAUGUUAACCGGAGGCAACCAGAGAGAGUGAUUGAUUCUGCUGACAGUUGUACUAUAAAUGCCAUCACAUUUCUAAAACAAACCGAGGUUAUCACAGUCAAUUCCUUCGGACAGUUGAAGAUAUUUGACUUCCGACAGAACACAGCAGUUCCAACAAGAACCUAUACAGUGACAGAAGAACACAGCUCAUUGCAGUGUGUAGCGAAACAUCCCGGUCAGGCUCACAUUGUAGCCACAGGGGGCCAGGACGGGAUGCUGACAAUCUGGGACCUUCGUCAGGACAAGUUUCCCAUGACAUUACUGGAGGCUCACAGUGCUACCAUGUGGGAGGUGAAGUUCCACCCCCACAACCCAGACCAUCUGUUCACCUGCUCCGAUGAUGGCUCAGUCUGGCACUGGGAUGGGACGUCAGUCAGGGGCAACACAUCCACGUCAUCGUUCAUGUCAGGGUUACGAGGAGAGAGUGCCGGCAGCACUGGACACAUCAGCUCGUGGCUGAACCUGGACUCAGGCCGGCAGAAGCUCGAGAUUACAUCCCUCCUCCCCACCAGGUCACUGCCUGUCAACUCCCUUGACAUUGACCGUGACACCCUCCUGUGUGGUACAGACAGCGAGACCCUCUACACAAUCUCCCUGCCAGGCUUGGUGUAGAUCCCGUCACUUUCCCAUUCCCUACCCUCAUUACACUACCCACUUCUCGCUACCCAAGUCCAUACCCAAAUCUCACUACCCAAGUUCAUACCUCCAUCUCACUACCCAAGUCCUUACCCACAUCUCACUACCCAAGUUCAUACCUCCAUCUCACUUCCCAAGUCCCUACCCACAUCUCACUACCCAAGUUCAUACCUCCAUCUCACUUCCCAAGUCCCUACCCAAAUCUCACUACCCAAGUUCAUACCUCCAUCUCACUUCCCAAGUCCCUACCCACAUCUCACUACCCAAGUUCAUACCUCCAUCUCACUUCCCAAGUCCCUACCCACAUCUCACUACCCAAGUCCCUACCCACAUCUCACUACCCAAGUCCCUAUCCACAUCUCAUUACCUAAGUCCCUACCCACAUCUCGCUACCCAAGUCCAUGACCAAAUCUCACUACCCAAGUUCAUACCCCCAUCUCACUACCCAAGUCCCUACCCCCAUCUCACUACGUAAGUCCCUACCUCCAUCUCACUAUUCAAGUCCCUACCCACAUCUCACUACCCAAGUCCCUACCCACAUCUCGCUACCCAAGUCCAUACCCACAUCUCACUACCCAAGUCCAUACCUCCAUAUCACUACCCAUGUUCAUACCCAAAUCUCACUACCCAAGUCCCUACCCACGUCUCGCUACCCAAGUCCAUACCCAAAUCUCACUACCCAAGUUCAUACCUCCAUCUCACUACCCAAGUCCCUACCCACAUCUCACUACCCAAGUUCAUACCUCCAUCUCACUUCCCAAGUCCCUACCCCCAUCUCACUACCCAAGUCCCUACCCACAUCUCACUACCCAAGUCCCUACCCACAUCUCACUACCCAAGUCCCUACCCACAUCUCGCUACCCAAGUCCAUACCCAUAUUUCACCACCCAAGUUCAUACCUCCAUAUCACUACCCAUGUUCAUACCUCCAUCUCACUACCCAAGUCCAUACCCACAUCUCACUACCCAAGUUCAUACCUCCAUCUCACUACCCAAGUCCCUACCCACAUCUCACUACCCAAGUCCCUACCUCCAUCUCACUACCCAAGUCCCUACCCCAUCUCACUACCCAAGUCCAUGACCAAAUCUCACUACCCAAGUCCCUACCCCCAUCUCACUACCCAAGUCCAUACCCACAUCUCGCUACCCAAGUCCAUACCCACAUCUCGCUACCCAAGUCCAUGACCAAAUCUCACUACCCAAGUUCAUACCUCCAUCUCACUACCCAAGUCCCUACCCCCAUCUCACUACCCAAGUCCCUACCCACAUCUCACUACCCAAGUCCAUACCCAAAUUUCACCACCAAAGUUCAUACCUCCAUCUCACUACCCAUGUUCAUACCCAAAUCUCACUACCCAAGUCCCUACCCCCAUCUCACUACCCAAGUCCCUACCAUCUCGCUACCCAAGUCCCUACCCCCAUCACUACCCAAGUCCCUACCCCCAUCUCGCUACCCAAGUCCCUACCCACAUCUCAUUACCCAAGUCCCUACCCCCAUCUCACUACCCAAGUCCAUACCCACAUCUCACUACCCAAGUCCCUACCCACAUCUCGCUACCCAAGUCCCUACCCACAUCUCGCUACCCCUGUCUCACUACCCAAGUCCAUACCCCCAUGUCAUUGCCUGUACCCUAGCCCAACCUUUAUUUCAUGACAUCCUCCCACUGCCCCAGUUCAUGGCUGUCAUGUGUAGGCUAUAUGUGAGCUCAUGAUGUGUUAUAUGUAUAUGAUCAACUGCUACAAUAAAUGUUUCAAGUAUCAA